ACAGGCGGGCAACACCCUCCCCAACAACAAGAGAGAAGUGCAUUUGGAGAGAAAAAAUUGCAGAGAUAACAUGGAGGUACUUAUUCUGCAUGUAUCAUCAUAAUGAGCCUCAAUACAAUCGGUUUGACCGAUGAAAGCCUAAUACAAAGUCGCAGUGAAUUCGACCGUUUAAAACAAGAGGCUCCAUGGAUCUAAUAGGCCCAAUAAAAUUGCUGCUCCUUUUGAAAUUUGCAGCGAGCCGCCUUUGAGGCGCAAUCCGUGUUUCUUUUGUCAAACGAAUUUCAACCCUCGAUUGCCACUACAUCGACGGUCCAAGCUCCCUAUUCCCGCAUAAGAAAGCAAAAUCCUGUUGGUCAAUUCACAGAGCGCACGGAUAGCCAUCUAAUUUUCAUGCUCCAACAAAUGGUUCCAAGUGGACGCUAUAAAUUCGCCCGGAAUGCCACUGCCAUUUCGAUAAUUCUCUUUUUCAUUUUUCCCUCCCCACCCAAUUCCACCCUGACACUCUUCCCUAAUCAUCUACAUCUGAAAUGGCUCGCACCAAGCAAACAGCUAGGAAAUCGACGGGAGGAAAGGCGCCACGUAAGCAGCUGGCAACGAAGGCAGCUAGGAAGUCGGCACCUGCGACGGGAGGAGUAAAGAAACCGCACCGUUUCAGACCUGGGACGGUGGCAUUGAGAGAUAUAAGGAAGUACCAGAAGAGUACUGAGCUGUUGAUUCGUAAGCUUCCAUUCCAGAGGCUGGUGAGGGAAAUCGCUCAGGAUUUCAAGACGGAUCUAAGGUUCCAAAGCAGUGCGGUUGCAGCUCUUCAAGAGGCUGCAGAGGCAUACCUGGUUGGUCUAUUUGAGGACACAAAUCUCUGUGCUAUUCAUGCUAAGAGGGUUACUAUUAUGCCCAAAGAUAUCCAGCUAGCUAGGAGGAUUAGGGGUGAGAGGGCGUAGUAGAAGAGUCGAGUUCAAUACUCAUGUUGUGGGCGUCCAUGUCCUGUUAGCUUGUGCUUGUAAAUUGAUUCAAGUUUAAUAGCUAAUUGGAAUUUUUCUUUUUGAUGUA